GGCUUCCCCGGAGUCGGAGUGGACGGGGGCGGGAGAGCGGGCACUGGCACCUCAAUCACGAGCCAUCGGGACUCGGUCUUGAAUUGGUAACUUAACUUGGACUUGGCCUUGAUUUCUGGGGAAAGCGGCUCUUGGAUUAUUCAUCUGCAUCCUCCUAUAUUCAGUUUCAACAGCUUCAACGUCAGACAUUCCUACUAUAUACGUAGGCCGAGGUAUACUCAAUACUCUAUCAGCAUCUUCAUCAACCCACCCAUAUAUCCAACAUCUCACUCAAUCAUGGCGGACGCUUCGUGUAGUGGAGGAACACCCUUCAAGCGUCUUAUCGACCAUCAGGCCCGAGAUGUCAGCCACCAUCAAGACAGACUCAUAGAUCGCGCUGGCCCUCAAGGCCAUUCUUCUUUCAGAUCUACGCCACAACAAAUGCAAGGGGCAGAUGGCUUUGGCGCGUUUAUGGAUGGCCCAUCAACUCUUCCAGGUAUUCCUCAGCAUCAUGCAGCAGGAAGAUUAGCAGCCCAUGCCGCUGUCCUUGAACAAGGACACUCGCCAGCCUUUCACGCUGCACAAGCGCCACAGUUUCGUCAAGGGCAUCAUUCUCCCUCCGUCGACGUCAGCAACUGGGCAGCAGACUUCAACCGCUUCGCAAAUCAGUCACAACAGCGUCAGCCUCUUCAGAAUGGCUUCGCCCAGCCCGCACCUCAGAUGCAUCAACCAGCUCCCCAGAUGAACUUCCAAGCUGCAUUCGUUCCACCAAACGCGGCUUUCGCCCCUAUAUAUGGCCAGGCCAACGGUGCUUUCAUGAACGGCAAUGCUGCGACGACUCAAGAGGCUGGGUUCGAUGACGAAAUGUCAAAGUGGAUGGCUAACAACGCCGGUGGCGGGAUGGAAGAGGUUGACGCCAUGAUGGACCAGAUGGCUCGUGAGCUGGAACUCAAUGACGCCGCGAUAGCACAGGCUGAAGCUCAAGAAGCCUCGAAACAGGAGACAACCACUGAGCCGACAUUGGAGGCUAACCCUACCAACCUCGCAACGCCAGAUAUUGCCAGCCUUUCUCUUGAGACAGAGGAGCCACUGGUUACAGAGCCUGUUGAGGCGACAAAGACAAAAUCAGAAGUUGCAGAUGCUGCAGAGCGUCUUCUUGAGUCAGUCGAGCAUGAGGAUGGCGAGAAGUGGAAGAAUUCAGUCUUCUUGUCGUUGAUGCGAGAUUUCCGAGAUGGAAAAAAAGACAUCAUCGACAAUGAGAUUCGGGAAACCCCGGACAACGAGGAAGCUGUUGCGAAAGACACUCAGUGACGCCUGCGAGAACUUGACGAAAUCAGACGCACAACCUCAAGGCUAUGUUUACAAAAGCAUAAUACUAUCGAACGUUCUCCAGCGAAUCUUAGUGGUCCACGUCAAGACGAAUUGACCUCACGGUGGGAGAUUGGAUCAUCGAACGACUCGCUGUGGGACGCAGCCUCGUUUCCUAGUUCUUGCGCCGAACAUCUCAGUCGAACUACGUUCUAGGAUAAUAGAAUCAUAACUGAUCAAGCCGGACCUUCAAGGUCCAUUGGCGCAGAGGGGGGUCGCUUUGUACAGAUACAUAGUGGCUGUUCAUGCACAUCAUUGUGGAAAAGUCAUCAUCGGGUACGAAUCUGCUUGAAUCAACAGGUGCUGAAUUGACCAUAAUCCCAAGUAUAACUGAAUCAUAUUUUCAGGCUGAUAACAGCGGGUUUAUGUACCGUUGACAGUGAAAAAGACGCACGUAGCCAAUGUAAAACAAAUCACAAAUCAAAGGACUUAAACGAAUCAAUAGGCAUUUCUUUUCAUAAGCGGUCA